CUCUUCUGGCUUUGCAAGACUUGAUCUCUGCAGGGUUGUUGGAGGCAUUUCUGGACGUAGGGGACCCGAUUCUUCUCCCCCAGCUGCUUUGGAGCAUGGCUGGCAAGGUGCAUCGGCUGUGCACGGGCUGGAGCUUACUGCUGUUGCAGGCAGCGCUCUGCUCUUCCCAGGGUAACUGCGAUAGCCCCGACCAGUGUGCUCGGAAUAAUUCUAACUGGACUAGCCUGUGGUAUGUCUGGCUGAUUCUACUGACCGUGUUCAUGCUCCUGCUAUGUGGCAUCACAGCGAGCUGUGUGAAGUUCUGCUGCCGAAAGAAGAGACCCCCAGUUCAAACCUUUCCUAGACGCCCCUACGAUUUGACAGUCAUUGCCGUUGAUGGCGAUAGCACCGCCCACAGCACGGUGACCUCAUACAGCUCUUUCCAGUACCCCCAGAGCGCCCCACUUCCACUUCCAUUUGGGGAUAUGGAUAGGAGCACCAUGUCUCCCCCAGCCUACAGCCUCUAUGCAAUGGAGUUGCCACCCUCAUAUGAUGAGGCCAUCAAAAUGGCUAAGCCCUACAUCGAGACGGUGUUGGUGGGCCAGAAGCUCAAUGACAUCCUUGAGCCGGUGGCACCAGAAGAGCCAAAUCAGCACCACGGUUCAUCUGCUCCUGUGGCCGGUGAACUGGAGACACAGCCAAGUUCAGAAGAACCACAAGUUGAAGCACAAGGCCAACCUCCCCUCUAGCCCAUUUAGAGGUGAGGGAGAAUACAAGGACCUUGAAGUACUAAAGACAUUAAAAGUUUGAUCUUAUAUGCAAGUAACCAUGGGAAGAUGCCUAAUCUGAUGUCUGUAGCAAUGAUCUGUCAUGUGGGAGGAAUGUUUCCUGCAAUUGCAGUAAUCUUCUGUUGAUGCUUCUAGGGUAUUAAAUGAAACAGGAGGACAGCAGUUUAAAAAUACCCUGUAUGGGUGAUACAUGGAUGCUACUUGGGUCCUGCCAAUGAAAAAUAAUCCCUUGUACUGAUAUAGCAAUGAAAAGGGCAAGGGGCAUGGUUCU